AUGCCCUUUCGUGGCCGGCCCAGCACCGCUUGCGGGCGCUGUCGCCAGCGCCGCCUCAAUUGCAAUCAUGCUAUGCCCUGCUGCAGCUCCUGCAUCAGAGCUGGCGUGCGGUGCCCCGGCUAUCGCAACCUGCUAGACUUGAGCUUUCGAGACGAAAAUGCUCUCGCGGCAGCUCGUGCACAUCGCAAGGUAGCAGGAAAGAAACAGCAACUGACGAAACGCUCCGCUCCGCAGCCUGGAGUACGCCAGAACACCAAGGUCGUCGUCACUGCUGUGCCACCCUGUAUCCCCUACUCCGUAAAAGAGACGGCGAGAUGCUACCUCGUCUCCAACUACAUGCAAUCAAGCUCUCAAAGGAAUGGCGAGCUGUCAUAUCUCCUACCGCUCGUAGAAACGGGCCACAGGCAUUCCGCGAUUGAUGCGGCGCUCAAUGCCGUCGCCAUGGCUGCCUGGGCAAACAUUCGGCUGUCGCCCAAGGCAAUGCUCAAAGCACAGAGCGAAUACACCAUUGCGCUAGCGGAAACAAACAAGGCCCUGAGAAGUACUGAAGGGUGCAAAAAAGACGAAACGCUGGCUUUGGUUGUUCUCCUUAGUAUUUACGAGGUCAUAGUCUGCAGUGACGAUGCAUUUAUGGACCGCUGGAUGGCUCAUUUAGAGGGUGCGACCCUUUUGAUAGAGCUGCGCGGCCCGGAUCAGCUCACCAAACGCGACGGCCUGAGCUUAUUCAGACACCUACGAGCACAGAUUUCUCUGAGUAGAAUAUUUCAAGAGAAGCCCAAUCCGCCUAUACUCGCGCAGCUUACUGAACAGGCCGCUGCCUACCGAGAUCCCGACUACCAAGUCUUUGACCGACUGGCAUCUGCCGUUAUGCAGCUCGCAGAUCUAUGCGCCGAUGCGAAGAUGAAUCAAGCGCAUGGCCACAAAAGUAUUAUAUCACUAGCCAUGAGACUAGAUUCCGAGCUUGUACUGGUACUUCUUGACACUCCAAAGCGGUGGCGCUACAACAGCCUCAAGGUUCCGCUCCAAGAUGGGAGACCGAUCAUGACGGGCUUUUGGGGCCGCGACUACCACGAAUACGAGAGUCUGGAAGCCGCAAAAAUGUGGAAUAAUUACCGUUGCGCCAGGAUUGUCAUUCAGGAAUUAAUUAUUGACACCGUCGAAGGUCGUGGCUCGUCGGCAGAUGCCCAGUAUUCUUCCGUGGCAAAUCAAUGCCGGCAUACUAUGAAGCAACUUAUCGAAGAUAUAUGUGCUAGUGUGCCAUUUUAUUUUGGAUUGCAUUCAUCCUCAAAUGAUGCGGAAAAUGGCGACGGAGGCUUGACAGAAGGAACAGGGUCCAUUGGUCUGGCGCUUAUGUGGCCUCUGCUUGUAGCUGCAAACUCGGGAAUAGCUUCGAAAGAGCACCAAGAGUGGAUUGCCGUUUGUUUAGACAAAAUUGGGCACAUUAUGGGCCAUAACCAAGCAUUCUCCAUGGCGAAGCUACUGCGAGAGAGAAAGACGACUCGUUCAUUGUUAGCAAGCUAA